AUGUCAGACGAAGAGGUCGCUGUUGUCCCCGCGCAAGGCGACGACGCGCAAGAUGCUACCGAGACGGCCCUGACGACCACGGGCACCGAAGUCGCCGCGCCGGCGGAGCGCAAAGUCAAGAAGAUCAUCAGGAAGAAGAGGCGUCCGGCGCGUCCUCAGGUCGACCCCUCCUUCAUCACGUCCGAGCCGCCGCCGCAGACGGGUACCAUCUUCAAUAUCUGGUACGCUCUGUACAAUAAAUGGUCUGGUGGCGACCGCGAGGACAAGUACCUCUCGAAAACGCACGCCAAGGGUCGCUGCAACGUCGCAAAAGAUACGGGAUACACAAGAGCCGAUAAGGUGGUCGGCAGCUUUUUCUGCCUGUUCUUCGCCCGGGGCAUCUGCCCCAAGGGCCAGGACUGCGAGUACCUGCACCGGUUGCCUGGCAUUCACGACAUCUUCAACCCGAACGUCGACUGCUUUGGCCGGGACAAGCAUUCCGAUUACAGAGACGACAUGGGAGGUGUCGGAAGUUUCAUGAGGACGAAUCGCACGGUCUAUGUUGGCAGGAUACACGUCAGCGACGACAUUGAAGAGGUUGUUGCCAGGCACUUUGCGGAAUGGGGCCAGAUUGAGCGCACGCGCGUCCUCAACACCCGCGGCGUCGCCUUCGUCACAUACAGCAACGAAGCCAACGCGCAAUUCGCAAAGGAGGCUAUGGCCCACCAGUCCCUCGACCAUGACGAAGUCCUGAACUUGCGCUGGGCGACAGCUGACCCUAACCCCAUGGCACAAGCUCGCGAGGCGCGCCGCAUCGAGGAGCAGGCCGCUGAGGCUGUGCGCAGGGCGCUCCCGGCUGAGUUCGUCGCCGAGAUUGAGGGCAAAGAUCCCGAGGCCAGGAAGCGGAGGAAGAUCGAGAGCAGCUACGGACUGGAGGGAUACGAGGCGCCUGAUGAGGUACACUUUGCGCGUGGUGCCAACGCCGUCAACCCGGUCGGCCGACAGGGGUACGAGCUGGAGCAGCAGCAGCAGGCCUUUCUCCUCGAGAAUAAUGGUGCCGUGCAGGAGCAGCAACAACUGGCUCUGCCGGCACCGGAGCAGCAGCAGGCGGUCGGCAUCUUCUCCGGCAGCACCUUGGCUGCUCUGAACUCGGCCAGAAUCUCAGUCGCUGCUCAGAAGCCGAAGGCGGCGGCGGCUGCCGGGCCCCUUGUGGGUUAUGACAGCGACAGCGAUGAGUAG